AUGGAUGAGACUAAGGAAAACCCUUACGUGAAGACAGUGAGCAAGCGUCUUCGUAAUGUUAGGAAAAAGCUGCUCAAGAUCGAAGGGCUGGAGACCAAGACAGAGAGCUUGAACGCUGAGCAAGAAGUGUUGGUUCAGAGCAAGCCAACGCUCAAAGUCUUGAACGAUGAGCUCCAACAAAUCCUCUUGACCUUCGAGACUCUCGAAGUCUCUGCGGAGGCUGGGAAUGUCCUCGAGCAGCCCAAGAGCUCGGAUUCCAACACGAGCAAGCCGCAGAUGAAUGGAGAUGAAGGAGACGAUCUCAAGGUGUCAGAGACUGAUUCCAACGACACGUUCAGCAGCCAGGGACAGCAGCAGAUCAAACCUGAGGCAGCUGAGGAGAGCAGAGUUGCAGGAGAAACGAACCUCACGGCCUCUGACUCCACUCCCUCCGUGGAGGGAGAGGCGGCAGGAGCAAACGGAGAGGACAAGGUCUCGGAUGCAGCCCUCAGCAGGCUGUUGGAGAGCGUGGCCGUGCUUGUGAAGACUCUAAACAUGCUAUCGAACCCGAUGUUGUAUCAGCAGCUCCUUUACGUCUUCCCCGACCAUAUCCUCCGUGACAUUGUCAGACUUGCCCACCUCUGUCUCGAAAUGCCAACCUUUGACAACACAGGAAACGUCAUCAUGAAGCAGGAGCUGCCAGGUGUGGAGCAUCUGAGGAGAUACGCUGAGUACAGCGAGGAGAGAGUGAAGAUUAUCACUGUCGGAGACAACUCUAUGUACUUGUCCUGCUCCUACGGCGACCUCGCCAAGGGAGUAAAGCACAUCUUCGACUAUAUCGCACAGGUGGAGGACAGCUGGGCUGGUGCUGGGAUCGGGUCAUCUGAUCUGCUACAGGUCAACGCUGUCUUCGCACAGAGGGCACAGGGGAUGGCGGAUCAAGCGCCCCCUCAUGGGAUCGACAUGGCUCAGCCCUAUCCUGCCACCGCCAUGCCCUCCUCUCCUUACAUGGCCGGCCCGGCCCCGGCCAAUUUCGCUAUGCAGCGAGUUGGAAUGAUGCCCGAGGUAGCGUAUGACCCGACCAUGCAGCCGAUGGCCGAGGCCAUGCAGGGCCAGCAAGCGGUCUAUGCCGCUACCGCAGCCAGCGGGUGGGACUUCACCAUGCCGAUGUACGCGGCUGGUCAGGACAGGAAGGGCAACAGAGGCAUGCGCAACUUUCCUGGAGGGAAUCACGGACAAGGAGAAUCAGGUGGACGAGUCAGAGAUCAUCAGGCUCGUCACAAGGGCAAGAAGCAGACGAGAUAUGACAACGGAAACGGGCAGAGAGGAGGAGAGGGCGAGGGCGAGGGAAGGAACCAACGAGACAACAGGGGGGAUGGGGGGAGGCGAGAUCGGGGGCAGAAGGGAUCCAAAGGAAACUGGAUGGGACAGAAUCAUGCUGGCCCGCAGCAAGUGGGUAAGCAGGGAAAUGCGGAGGGAGGUCAGCAGGAGGCGGAGGAAGCAACAGCUUAA